AUGGCGACCACCAAUCAACUAUCUGCUUCCGACUGCGACAGCUAUGACUACGUGAUUGUCGGUGGCGGCACUGCCGGCUGUGUAAUCGCUUCGCGGCUAGCUGAAUAUCUACCUCACAAGAAGACCCUACUAAUCGAAGCUGGGCCUAGCGACUUUAUGGAUGACAGAGUCCUUGAUCUUAAGAAAUGGCUCAACUUACUCGGUGGUGAGCUCGACUAUGAUUACGGAACCACUGAGCAGCCCAUGGGCAAUUCCCAUAUUCGACAUUCUCGAGCGAAAGUUCUUGGCGGAUGUUCUUCCCACAACACCUUGAUCUCAUUCAGGCCCUUCAAGUUCGACAUGGAUAUCUGGCAGUCAAUGGGCGCUAAAGGCUGGACCUUCGAGACAAUGACUCGAGUAUUGAACAAUCUUAGAAAUACAGUCCAGCCUGUCCACAGUCGGCAUAGAAAUCAGUUGUGCAAGGACUGGGUUCAGUCGUGUUCCCAGGCUAUGAAUAUUCCGGUCCUUCACGAUUUCAACAAGGAAAUCACGACUCAGGGUGCCUUGAAGCAGGGUGUAGGAUUCUUCUCCGUCAGCUACAAUCCAGACAAUGGGUAUAGAUCUAGCGCGUCAGUGGCUUACAUUCACCCCAUACUUCGAGGUGAGGAGCAGAGAUCCAACUUGACUGUUUUGACAAAUGCGUGGGUUGGUAAGAUCAACCUGUCAGCAGACAAGAAGUCCGUGAAAGGUGUAAGUGUCAAAUUGCACGAUGGUAACGAGAGGACAAUCACUCCAAAGGUCGAGACAAUCCUUUGCGCUGGCGCCGUCGACACACCACGACUUAUGCUUCUGUCUGGACUUGGUCCUCGAGAACAGCUUUCCUCACUGGGUAUCUCCUGUCAAGCUGAUCUUAAAGGUGUUGGUGAGAACCUGCUCGAUCAUCCAGAAACGAUCAUCAUCUGGGAACUUAACAAGCCAGUACCAGCCAACCAGACAACUAUGGACUCCGAUGCCGGUAUCUUCUUACGCCGCGAACCAGCCGAUGCAGCAUCGCAAUCCACUCCCAACAAUAAUCCUUUCAACCCUCAACAGCUCGCCGAUGGAGAGAUUGCAGAUGUCAUGAUGCACUGUUACCAGAUUCCGUUCACUCUCAAUACUACAAGACUAGGUUACGACGAGAUCGUCGAUGCAUUCUGCAUGACACCAAAUAUUCCUCGACCACGAUCAAAGGGCAAACUCUACCUGACCUCUGCUGAUCCAAACGUCAAACCAGCACUUGAUUUCCGCUACUUCACGGAUCCACAAGGCUACGAUGCUGCCACCUUCGUCUUCGGCAUGAAGGCAGCACGAAAGAUCGCUCAGCAGGAACCAUUUAAAUCAUGGCUGAAGCGAGAGGUUGCCCCAGGUGCAAACGUCAAUACAGACGAAGAGCUCAGCGAGUAUGCCAGACGAGUUGCGCACACAGUAUAUCACCCUGCUGGAACCACAAAGAUGGGUGACGUGACGAAGGAUGAGUAUGCAGUGGUCGAUCCACAACUCAAGGUCCGUGGUCUCGAGGGGUUGAGAAUUGCUGAUGCAGGUGUUUUCCCUGCCAUGCCGACCAUCAACCCUAUGCUGACUGUUCUUGGCAUUGGCGAGAGAGCUGCCGAGCUGAUCGCAGAGGAAGCUGGAUGGAAGAGACCAGAUGUCCCAAUCAGGCCUUCGUUGUAA